CACGCUCCCGAUACUAGAAAAGAUCAGUAGAGUCCGCAGCGGAGAAAAUCUCAGGAACCCAAACAGCCGACGGAAUCUCACCUGCUCCGUGUGCUCCCCAACCCAAAGCCUCCGCUGCCCUGAGCCCGUGCCCUCCCGUCGUCUCCCCGGUCCGACUCGCCAUGCCGGCGUGGGCCGAAGCGGCGCUCGUCCUCGUCUCGCCGUCCCCCGCCACGGCCUCCUCGCCCUCCUCGUCAUGCGGCGUCAGGCCGCGCGCCGCCUUGGAGCCCGGCAGGCUCUUCUGCAAGGGUUUUCCUUGUAGCAUGCGCUCCAAAGCUGGAUUCCAAAUUAAUAGUUACCGUACAAGGACCUUCAAGAUUAAAGCAAAAACGGAAUCUGGUGAUGGCUACACACGGCUUGCUCCACUUAGAUUUGAAUCUCCGAGUGGUCAACUUCUGGUCCAAAUACUACAAUCACACCCUCACCUGCUACCUGCAACAGUUGAUCAGCAACUUGAAAAUCUCCAAUCAGAGAAAGAUGCCCAAAAGGAAGAAGCUUCAAAAGUUCCUCAGGACCUCCUCUACAAGAGAAUCGCAGAAGUCAAAGAGAAGGAAAGGCAGAACGCUUUAGAAGAGAUCAUCUACUGUUGGGUUAUCUACAAGUUUAUGGACAGUGACAUAUCCAUGACACCUGCACUAUCACCAGGGGCUGGCCCUGUACGUGACAUAUCUUCGCUGCCUAACCAAGAGGAUAAACUGCAAAGCAUACACUCCCCAGAUGCUUUUGAGAUGAUACAAAACCAUCUUAACCUUAUCAUGGGAGAAAAAAUAGCAGCACCACUGGACACUGUUGUGGAGAUCAGCAACUUAAAUCUUGGAAAGCUUUAUGCGGCAUCCAUCAUGUAUGGUUACUUCCUUAAGAGGGUAGAUGAGCGAUUCCAGCUCGAGAAAACUAUGAAGACGCUCCCACCAAACCCCAAGCAGCAGAUAGUGUUUGAAAACCUGAAACCAAAUCCAUUCUGGGAUAUGGAGUCCUUAGUACAGAUUACACCUGAUGGGGAGGAGAUUAGCUUGGAUGAUGAAGAAUCAAAUCCGAACAAGUUGAGGUCUUAUGUUUCGCAACUGGAUGCUGAUACACUGCAAAGAUACGCAACUAUCAGAUCAAAGGAAGCUGUCUCACUGAUUGAGAAGCAAACACAGUCUUUGUUUGGACGACCAGACAUCAAAGUAUUGGAUGAUGGUUCUGUUAAUGCUAAGGAUGGUAAGAUGAUAACGAUCACAUUUAUAGAGCUGAAUCACCUUGUCUUGGAGGCAGUUGCUUUCGGAUCCUUCCUCUGGGAAGCUGAGAGCUAUGUAGAAUCAAAAUACCAUUUUAUUAACAGUUGAAUGCGCCUUCUUUUUAUAUACAUUUUGGGAAUGGUCCAUUUAUGUACAUGUCAUAGGGUAGGAUCCAUCUCUGACCUGUUUCUCAGUGUAGUCAUGGUUCUUGCUCGCUAUCAGUUACAGCCAAAGCAUCACCAUCCAUGCCUCUAACAGGUUUAUGAUUUUUCAUCGGACGGAAGUGAGCAUGAUCCAGAGUGUAAUCUAACAAGCAAGUGAGAAGUGAUACUCAAAUAUUUCAUGUUCUCCCAAAUCACUGGAACAUUUUCUGAAUUUUGCC